AACCUCCCAAGAAAAACUUGACUAUUUCACCUAGUCUUUAUCUUCGAAAACGGCGACACGCUAGCGCCAGAGGUGCUUUACUUUAUAAACCCCACUAUAUAUAUAUAUUCAUACAUAUAGAUAUAGAUACAUACAUAUAUAAUCUUUGUUCAAAAAAAGGUCAGGGAGAGAAUGAAAUUUUGCAAGAAAUAUGAAGAAUACAUGCAAAGCCAACAAAAUGAAAAGAAAUAUAAACUACCUGGUGUUGGUUUUAAAAAUCUCAAGAAAAUCUUGAAACGAUGUCGUUUCAAUGAAGCUUCUUCAUCAGUGUUACUUCUUGAUGAUAAUAUUCUUGAUCACCAUCCUUCUUCUGAUAUUAAUCAAAAUAAUAAUAAUAAUACCUGCAUUCAUUCAUGCCCAGUAUGCGAUGGAAGUUUCUUUCCUUCCCUUAUGAAGGAGAUGUCUAUGGUGGUUGGAUGUUUUAAUGAGCGCGCACAAAAGGUACUUGAUGUUCAUCUAGCAACAGGCUUUCGAAAGUACCUCGUGUGGUGCAAAGACAAGUUUCAGGGAAACCAUGGUGCGUUUAUACAAGAGGGCAAGGAUCUUGUUGGGUAUGCAGUUAUAAAUGCCAUUGCUAUGAGGAAGAUUCUUAAGAAAUAUGAUAAGAUACACGACUCUAAGCAAGGCCAAGCAUUCAGAUCGCAAGUCCAGAGCAUGCACUUGGAAAUACUUCAGUCGCCAUGGCUUUGUGAGCUUAUUGCUUUCCACAUUAACAUAAGGGAUAUGAAGACGGAUAUAGAGAAGGGAUCUGAAUUAUUUGAGGGUUGUUCUCUUAUAUUUAGUGAUGGAAAACCUUCGCUUUCUUGUGAGCUUUCUGAUGCUGUCAAGCUUGAAAUAGAUUUAACUUGCUCUAUAUGCUUGGAUACUGUAUUUGAUCCCGUAUAUUUGACUUGUGGACACAUCUUCUGCUUCAUGUGUGCUUGCAAGUCUGGAUCAGUAACAAUUGUAGAUGGACUGAAGGCAACAGACCCUACAGCUAAAUGUCCUCUUUGUCGUGAGGCAGGAGUUUACCAAGGAUCUCUCCAUUUGGAUGAGCUUAACAUUUUACUGAGUCGAAGUUGUCCUGAAUAUUGGGAAGAAAGGCUUAAAACCGAGAGAGCAGAAAGGAUUCGCCUGACAAAGGAGCACUGGGAAUCACAAUCGCGUGCAUUUUUGGGGAUCUGAAUGGACUUCUCUCAUUUCUACCAGCAUGCUGGUGGGAAUCUUGUAUAUAUAGAGAUUUGACAAUCAAGUAAGAAGUUUAAAUAAUUUGUAGCUUUCUUUUGUAAUGCAUACUUUUAUCGAUACCUAGAAAAAAUUACGUUUAGAUCA